AUUAAAUGAAAUAAAACUUUACUACUGUUCGUAACAUUAAAAUUUUAAAGUGAUCCACUAAAAGCGAAUAAUUUUUUUCCCAUAAAUCUUCAUUUUCCCUCAAUAAACGACAACAAUCGUCAUCAUCAUCAUGAGGCUGUCAGAUCCCGGCAGGUGUUCGGUUCCCUCCGUUAAUCGUUUAGCUAUGAUCGGUGAUCGAUCCUGCGUGCGCAGCCCCGCCUCCCGCCGUGUUGUCUGACCGGAGGAUGAGGAGUCUUUAGGAGGCUAACAGCUAACGUCACGGAGCGGCGGCACCGGGAUCGUUUCUCUCGUUCCUUCAUGUUCUGACGUCGUCCAGCGGAGCCUUCGCCGUCACGAACCGGACCGGACUUCACAUGUCCGCGGCUGUGCGCUGCCGGUGGCCCGGGUAGCUCUGCCGGGAGAUGCGGCAGCAGCUAGCAGCUAGCCGUUAGCCCCGCAGCUGUUAUGUAAGAGCGGAGCGACUAGCCGCGCAGCUAACGUUAGCCGCCGCCAUGAAUGACGCGCAGCAAGAAAUGUCUCCGGACUUCGUGCUCAUGCGGCUCGUGUCCGCCGCGGAGUACGACCGGCUGGACGACCCCGACGAGCUGAUGUCCGGGGGCGGCGGGUUCGGCCCCGUCAAAGCCGUGCUGGGCCGCCGCGGCGGCGGGUUCGAUGUGGACUCUGGCGGCCCUUCGGCAGGCCUCGGCUCGGCUUCCCCGCAUUACAGCUCCCCGCUGCCCGGGAAAGGAGAGCUGAGCGGCGGGCUGGGGCUGACGCACGCCCCGUCGGGCUCGGAGGCGCCGUUGUCGCCCCCUCCGUCCGAAGACUUUGUGGACUUCUCGGUGCCGCGUGGGCACGGCUCUGCGGGGCACGGAGCGCAGCUAAUGGUGCUCCAGAACUUGCUGCGGUCCGGAGACCGGAUCCUGGAGUGCGGGCUGGAGCAGCCGCCCCCUGGCUUCCUGCAGGAGGAGGCAGAGCGACAGAGACAGCAGCUAGACCCGGUGCCCGGCACGGGUCCUGGCAGCGCGACAGCUGGUCCCGGGGGAGGAAAGGACCAGAACCCCCCUGCGCAGGAAAACCUGCAGCCGCAGCAGCUGUUGCAAUGGCACCCGGUCCUGAGGCUGGGCUCCCAGGCCCCCCAGCGGGGCGUCCCGGCUCUGGACUCGGAGUCCGGGUCAGUCCUGUGCCACACACACCACCUGCUGACAGACCGGCUGGCUAAGUGGCCCCCGGGCCUGCUGGACCAAGCCCUGCGGGCGGGGCUGCUGGAGCCCAGGAAGACCUGCCCCCCCAGGUGUCAAGACCCGGUCCUGGCUCCGGCCCAGAGGCCAGUACACCCGGGCAAGGUGAGGGAAGGAAGUGGCGGGCAGGAACUGGUGCUCUCGCUUCCUCGCUGUUCCUGCCAUGGCGUCCUGGCCUCGGGGUCCGGGGGCAUCGGGCCUGGCGAGGACCCCAGCGAGACGAGCGACGCCCUGCUGGUCCUGGAGGGUCUGGGGUCAGAGGAGGUGGGGGGACUCGCGGCAGAGUCCAGGGAUGCGGAGGACACAGAGAAAACAGAGCGGGUGGUGGGUGCAGGGACGCCUGGGGGGGCGGGGACUGUGUUCUCCAGUGGGACUCUCAGCGGGCUGAUGCGGCAGGUGCACAGACUGGCAGAGGAGGCGGGAGUGUGCACAGAUCAGAGCUGCCGGUCCUCACUCGCCGUUCUCGGCGCCACCGUGUCCCUCCCCUCCUGCGUGGACCCCCAGCCCCUCAUCGGCAGCACCGCCACCCCCUGCCCGUACCUGCCUGUCCGCCCGCCACUGUCCCAGGCUGCUGCGGUGCUCCCCGACCCCCUCCCAUCCUCUGACCCUCGCUCUCGCCCACAGCAUCAGCACCAGUCGCGCUCCCAGCCCCAGAGCCGUGCCGCUACCCCCAAACUGGGUGUGGCUUCUGGGGCAGCGGGUCGGUCAGCCUCCCCUCUGGUGGUCCUGGAGGGGGAAGGGGGUGCAGGAGGAAGGGAGGGGGAGAAGAUGCCCCGGGGGAAGUCGAGGAAGGGGGGGUCACUGAAGGUCCGGCUCAGCAAGCUAUUCAGAACCAAGAGCUCGAGUGGCGGCUCGGGGGGGCUGCUGGACAAGAGGCCGUCCCUAGCGUCGUCCACGUCGUCGGGGGGCAGCCUGUUGGACAUGUGGGGGUCCACCUGCAGCAACCCAGACCAGGAUGGCAGGCUGCAGGUAUCCAGACCUCACAGUGCCUUCUCUCCGGUGCCCUUCACUCCGGCUUUCACCGGUGAGACGGUCUCUCUGGUCGAUGUGGAUAUUUCUCAGAGGGGGGGGAACUCUCUCCACCCCCCCACUCCUCCUCCCCCUCCCAGACGGAGCCUCAGUCUGCUUGAUGAUUUUGGGGGUCCUCCUCAGCAGCACGGCCCCUUCAUGGAGCGCAGCACCGGGGCCUCCAUGCAGUCGCUGCCCCCCCGACCGAUGGCCCUGCCCCCCUCCCUCAACACCAUCCAGCACAGCCUGAGCCUCAACGACACCUUCCUGCGAGGUUUACCUCGACCCGUCCCCCUGCGGCCCGACGGGCAGCAUCCGCCCCCCCGGCUCGCCCCUCGCUGCCCGCUCAGUCGACCCGAUGCCGGCAACUUCGCCACCAGCCUCAGGGAGCUGGAGAAGUGCGGCUGGUACUGGGGGCCGAUGAACUGGGAGGACGCUGAGAUGAAGCUGAAGGGGAAACCGGACGGCUCGUUUCUGGUGCGGGACAGCUCAGACCCGCGCUACAUCCUGAGUCUGAGCUUCAGGUCGCAGGGAAUCACACACCACACACGCAUGGAGCACUACAGAGGGACGUUCAGCCUGUGGUGUCACCCAAAGUUUGAGGACCGCUGUCACUCGGUGGUGGAGUUCAUCGAGCGAGCCAUCAUGCACUCCAAGAACGGAAAGUUCCUGUACUUCCUGCGCUCGCGAGUCCCAGGUCUGCCGCCGACCCCAGUCCAGCUCCUGUACCCGGUCUCCAGGUUCAGCAGUGUUAAGUCUCUGCAGCAUCUCUGUCGCUUCUGCAUCAGACAGCUGGUCCGGAUCGACCACAUCCAGGAGCUGCCGCUGCCCACGCCUCUGAUCGCCUACCUGAGGAAGUUUUAUUACUACGACCCCGAAGAGGAGAUCAGCCCCACGCUGAAGGAGGACAAGGAGCGGGGGACGGAGGGCGGCGGCCAGCCGGGGGUCGAGUCACAAACGUAGCACCGGAGCCCGAAGCCGGCUUCUUUCCUUUUCUUUGUUUCUCGGACUCGAACACUGAAGGAUGUUCAAAAAUCAAGCUGAACUCUCAGACUUCAGCCAAUCGGCUCCCUCCGCUCAGUCCCGCAUCCGGGCGGGUUUCAGAUGAUCCACCCUCCUUUGAGCUCUCUGAUCGGCUCACGGGGAGUCGACAGGGGAGGGGCCGGGGAUGUGGAGACUCCGCCUCUCUUUUGAUGUCAUCGCUGAGCAGCCAGACGGCGAUGUUAGCUAAAAUCAGUAAAAGAGAAAGGAGCUGAGAAAGUGUCGGUCGCCUCUGGGGUCCUCUGACGAUACGAGAGGGUCUCUGAUCCCGAGAGCAGAAGGCGGUACAGAUUUAUCCCAGCUCAGAGCUCGGCGCAGCACAAAGUGUGAGAGCGUCCCCUGAAUGCACCAAAAGGUCUUUAAAUGAAUAAAACAUCACAGAAAUAAACGAAUGAUUGUACGGAGCCCC